UGUAUUCUCUUGCCUAUUGCGCGUACACUUAAUUUCAUAAUUUGAACUUUUUCAUACUGAAUAUUAUUUUGAUUAUUUUGCUAAAGUAGAUAUUGUUAAAAUUAUUAUAAAAGUUAUUACUUUAUUACAUUGCUCUCGUUUGGAAAAAUGUAUUAAAUAGUUUUAACCAAUAUAUUUUCUGGUGAACUAUUACAUGUUUAUUUAGGAUAAAAAGGUAGCUACAUAUUUCUCAUAAUUAUAUUAUGGAGUACAUAUUGAGGACGAUAGCGUCUCUAAGAAGCGUCAUCAUUGUUAUAGCCACGCCUAUUUUACUUCUUCCGCUCAUUACAGUAAUAGAAGGACAGGAAUCAUCAUGCGCCUAUGUGAUGUUGAUAAUGGCGGUAUUCUGGAUAACAGAAGCGCUUCCUAUCAAUGUAACUGCUCUACUUCCGGUUUUCAUGUUUCCAUUUGUUGGAGUUCUGUCGGCUGGCGAAGUUGCUAGCGUUUACUUCAAUAGUACAACAUUGAUGUUUAUCGGAGGCAUGGCAGUCGCUGUGGCAAUAGAAGAGUGGUAAAUACAUAAACGAAUAGCGUUAAAAACAUUACUUACUAUCGGAGCUCGACCAGUUUGGCUAAUGUUAGGACUAAUGCUGACGUCAUGGUUCCUGUCUAUAUGGAUCAGUAAUACAGCGACCACUGCAAUGAUGUUACCAAUAGUUGCUGCAAUACUUCAUCAGCUUAAACUUAAUAAGAAGUUCAAGAAAUCAGACCACAGUGAUGAAAAGUUUGAAAACCAGGUAGAGCUGUUGUGUGUUCAUAGUAAAGACAGUGAUGCUCGUGUAGAUUUGAACGCUCAAGCAGACGUGGAGAUUCAUGUUCAAGACGGAACUGGAGUAAACGCAGACGAGAAUGAUACAACUUUAAGCGCAGAUGAAAACUUAGCAGACGACAAUGAUGAAGCAGACGAAGAAUGGACUCGGAUGAGCAAAGCUCUUUCACUAUGUAUUGCUUAUGCAGCAAAUAUUGGAGGCACUGCUAGUAUGACAGGCAGCACUCCUAAUCUUGUGUUGAAAGGACAGCUCGAAAUGGUGUACGAGAAAUUUGGAAGAGAGUCUCCAGUCACAUUUGGAGGUUGGUUGCUCUUUGGUAUACCUACUUCAUUCACAAUCAUCAUACUAUCAUGGCUUUGGUUGCAAGCCUAUUUUCUUAGGUGCAGAGGUUGGUCAGGAUGUUGUUUGAAGAAAGGCAAUGUCGAUGAAACAGUGAUCAGACAAAUUCUGAAAAAGCAGUACAAGAAACUUGGAUCAUUUAGUUUCGGACAGGUUGCCGUCCUUUUGCAUUUAGUGGCUAUAGCGAUGCUAUGGAUAACACGUGACAUGGGAGGCUCUUUUGGUUGGUCAAAUCUGUUCAAAGAUAAGUUUAUAAGAGAUUCAGUACCAGCAAUAUUUGUAGGUUGUUUAUUAUUCAUUUUCCCAUCACAAAUACCCAGACCGGAAAUGUUUCGUAACCAAGGGUCUAGAUACCGGAAGUUAAAGCCGUUAUUGACGUGGAAGGCAUUCAAUGAGAAGAUGCCGUGGGGUGUGGUUUUUCUUCUGGGAGGAGGAUUUGCAAUGGCAAAGGCUGCUCAGGUAUCUGGACUAUCGGCUUGGAUCGGGAGCCAGUUAUCAGGUCUGGUGCAUUUAGAUGCAUGGGUGCUCAACCUGGUUCUCUGUUUCGUCAUAGCAGCGGCAACUGAAGUUACAAGCAACACAGCCACGACGUCAUUAAUGUUACCAAUCUUAGCAGACUUGUCGAUCUCUAUCGGUUUGGAGCCAGUUUAUUUGAUGUUCUCAGCAGCCGUCGCCGCCUCGUUCGCGUUCAUGCUGCCUGUAGCCACGCCCCCAAAUGCUGUCGUUUUCUCAUACGGCUUCAUCAAAGUCGUAGACAUGGUUAAAGCCGGUUUUGUACUGAACAUUAUAGCAGUGAUGGUUCUAGUCGCCAGUAAUGAAUUCCUAGGAAAACUUAUUUUUCAAAACAUGUGAUACUAGUAUUAGUAGAGAAAAAUAACAUAAUUUAUUUCAUCAGAAAUUUGUACUGAUUUAAAAUAGAGUAUUGUAAAGUAUACACACAUUCAUAUAUUGGAUACAAUUUUUAUUGACGGGGUUCGCUGUUAGAAAGAUAUGGAGAAUAAAGAUUAAAGACAAUUUCAUAAUUAUGUAUUGAUGUUUGAUUACUUUUGUUUUGUUAUAGAAUAUAUAAGAACAUGAUUAUAUUAUCAUGCCAGACUGCCAAGUAUAAUAUCACUUUAGCAUCUAUGGAAAGCCAUGGCUGUCUGAUAUUGUUCUUUUUCAAUUUAUGUAACCAUUUGGAUAAUAUAUGAGUUCACUUCGACUAUGUAUGAAUUGAAAACACCUUCUUAUUUAACCGGAAUCAAUUUUAUUAAUCCACAGUUACAAUAUAUGAAACCAUACUGUCAGUGUAUGAAACCGAGUUAGCAAUAUAUAAGUUGAUUUUCUCAAUAUAUGAUUCCAAUUCUUCAAUAUAUGGUACCAAAGUAGUCAUGUAUGGAACCAGAUAUCCUUAUAUGAAACCGAAUUAUCAAUAUAUUAAUUCAUUUUUACAAUAUAUGAAACCAUUUUAUCAAUGUAUGGAACCAAAGUAGCAAUAUAUGAGUUUGUUAUACCAAUUAUUCAAUAUAUGGAACCAAAGUAGCAAUGUAUGGAACCAGAUGUCCUUAUAUGAAACCAAAUUAUCAAUAUAUUAAUUCAUUUUUACAAUAUAUGAAACCAUUUUAUCAAUGUAUGGAACCAAAGUAGCAAUAUAUGAGUUGGUAAUUACAAUAUAUGAUACCAAUUAUUCAAUAUAUGGAACCAAAGUAACAAUGUAUGGAACCAGAUGUCCUUAUAUGAAACCGAAUUAUCAAUAUAAUAAUUCAUUUUUACAAUAUAUGAAACCAUUUCAUCCAUGUAUUGAACCAAAGUAUCAAUAUAUAAGUCGAAUAUCACAUUAUAUGAUACCAGGUCUUCAAUAUAUGGAACCAAAGUAGCAAUGUUUGGAACCAGAUGUCCUUUUAUGAAACCGAAUUAUCAAUAUAUUAAAUCAAUUUUACAAUAUAUGAAACAAGUUUAUCAAUGUGUGUAACCGGAGUAGCAAUAUAUAAGUUGAUUUUCACUUUAUAUGAUUCCAGUAUCAAUAUAUGAUACCAAAGUAGCAAUAUAUUGAACCAAAAUGUCAUUAUAUUGACGGGACUUUUUUUAAAGACUGUAUUCUAUCCUUGCACAGGUAUUACAGUUUCGCGCCAAUAUUCAAAAGACCAGCGUGCUUCACUAAUUGCAUACUGCACAUUUUCUAAAUAAGGAAAUAUUUGAAUUUAACGUCACAUUCACUUCAAAUGGGCUGGACAGGCAGAACUUAUCGUUAUAUAUGUACGAGAUGUAUGUCAUAAUUUAAGCUAUUGUGUCGUACUGACCAUUAACAAAAAUAUAUUUAAAAAAUAAGUUCAUCUCGACCUUUACCUUUGAUCAAAAAAUGGGCAUGGCCAGUAGUACACAUCAAGGUUAAUCUACUCACAAAGUUUAAAAACAAUCAGUCAAAUAAUAAUUGAUUUCAUGAAAAAGUGUAUGCAUUGUAAUAACAGAACCCAGUGACCUCGGCCUUUGACUUGUUGACAUGAAAAUAGGCUACUUUGGUUCCAUAUAAUGAAAAUUGCUAUCAUAGACUGUAACAUCAACUUAUAUACUGCUACUUUGGUUCCAUACAUUAAUAAAAUGAUUUCAUAUAUUGUAAAAAUGACAUAAUAUAUUGAUAAUUCGGUUUCAUAUAAGGGUAUCUGGUUCCAUAUAUGGCUUCUUUGGUUCCAUAUAUUGAAGAACUGGUAUUAUAUAAAGUGAUAAUCAAGUCAUAUAUUGCUACUUUGGUUCCAUACAUUGAUAAACUGGUUUCAUAUAUUGUAAAAAUGAAUUAAUAUAUUGAUAAUUCGGUUUCAUAUCAGGACAUCUGGUUCCAUACAUGGCUAUUUUGGUACCAUAUAUUGAAGAAUUGGUAUCAUAUAAUGUAAUAACCAACUCAUAUAUUGCUACUUUUGUUUCAUAAAUUGAUACAUUGGUUUCAUAUAUUGAAAAAUGAAUUAAUAUAUUGAUAAUUCGGUUUCAUAUAAGGACAUCUGAUUCCAUACAUGGCUACUUUGGUACCAUAUAUUGAAGAAUUGGAAUCAUAUAUUGAGAAAAUCAACUUAUAUAUUGCUAACUCGGUUUCAUACACUGACAGUAUGGUUUCAUAUAUUGUAACUGUGGAUUAAUAUAAUGGAUUCCGGUUAAAUAAGAAGGUGUUUUCAAUUCAUAUAUAGUCGAAGUGAACUCAUGUAUUAUCCAAAUGGUUAAAUAAAUUGAAAAAGACUAAUAUCAGACAGCCAUGGCUUUCCAUAAGCAUCCUUAGUAAUAUGUAUUCAUAUAAUUAAACAUUUAAGUGUUAUACAAGUAUUUAUGUGCAACAAUGUGCAGUGGAAACUUUGGUACUGCACUUGACUGACUCACUGAAAAUAAAACGUUUGUGUUCCUAUUGAAGUUAUACGAUUAUUAUACUGUACUUUAAACAUACGUAUGUAAACUAUUUCUCAAAGUUAAAGGGACACUACUGAGUUUUUGUUUUUGUUUUAAAUUAUUUGUAUUGACAAGAUGGCACUGGAAAUAUUUGUUCAAGUUUUGGUAUAUUAUUCUUCAUAUUAAUUCUCAUGAACUAUACUCGGACAAAGCAGAAGUGGGAUCGAAUAUUUCAAAUGAGCGCUGUAAUGUAUUCAUAAUUGAUGGGUCAAUAAAAUCUGACUGUCCGUCAGACCAGUUACAUUUUAUAAUGUUAUGCAACAACAGUUUUUCACAAAGAUUCAAAAAAAUUCACUAUAAGGCUCCAGAGGGGAUCGAACCCUCGACCUCCUGUUUACUAGACAGGCGCUCUAACCACUGAGCUAUGGAGCCGAUAUGGUUAUAUCUGUAAAUAUAAGAGUAGUAUCUACUGUAUCAACGAUAACGCUAACAAUAAUGCAAUUCUUACUUUUAAAGCUAUUAAUUACAAUGUCAAUAAUUUUCAAGAAACACGUUAAGACAAGAAUGUUUAUGUCACAAAGUUACGUAAUGUUGUCUUUUGGCCUAGAAUAAAUAUUUUUCUGUGGUACACGUUACAUAGGUUUCCUUAAUUUACAUUAUAUGAUCGUGCAAUCUCUGAUUAUGUGCAAUAUUAUAUUUUUGUCUCAUGUAAUGAUAUAUAAGGUUAAUAACCUCAAAGUUAUCCAUCUUUUACGAUAACUUCCAUGCUAUUUUCUUGUUUGUAAAAUACCUAUUGAGCGGAGUUAUACUUAACUUAUAGUUGAGUAUUAUUUCAACCACUCUUAUU